GGCGUAAGAUUACGACACUUUUAAUCUUCAUCAAUUUCCUUGUUAUGUUCUACGAGGGAGGCUCUUCUUUACUUCGUCUUACUUAUUUGACAUUUCCAGUCUGUUCUUUUCCUACUGCAAUUGAUCCAUUCAUCAUUUUUCUUAUUCCCAAAAUUCAAGGCCACUCAAUCAAUAUGGUUCAAUACAAAACCCUCAUCUUUCUCCUUACUAUAGGCAUGUCAGCUGCUUUCGAGAGUACACUGCCCCUUGCCCUUCGGCAAGUUGAGGAAACACCUCACCCCAAUCAGAAUUACCUAUACGAGAUGUGUUUUCCCAAUCUAUCGAACGUUAGCCUUGUUAGAAGUUCUGCUGGGAAACGAUUGGAAAUCAUGGCCAAUUCUCCUUUCCCUUGCGAGCGCAGUAACUAUAUCAUCUACGCCUGCCUUGCCAAUGGCACCUCUCCCAUUGAUUUUCUCGCCGAGCAGGAAUGCAUCUGUCCAUCUUCAUUGUGGGAACUCGAAGCAGCUUGUACGGACUGUUACCUAGCACAUGGAUAUCAAAAUACUACCAGAGAGGAAAGCGAUGCUGCCAUUUCAAGUCUGAGUCACGCGGAAUGUACGGCCACACCCGUACAACCGUUUACGAACUUUUUCUCGUCCCUGAAUGCGACGGAAGCAUUGACGACACCGGAUGCGGUGCUUGGAACGGAUAAGUUUCCAAAUCAGACGGCCGUUAGCAGUUAGUGGGAUUUUCUCAUUUUGUGAUUUGUGAUCGUGGGGCUUUUUGGAUCGCUUUGGGUUGUUCAUUGACUUUGUGAAAAAGAAAAAAAAAAUUCUCUCUUUGUGCCUCUGUACUGACUUUGCUUCGAAAUUGCGUAGAUUAUUAUACGGGAAAUACUGUAUGGACGACGGGGAGUAUUACCGGGAGUGCAACGGCUAGAUUGACAAGCUAUACGGCGACAGAAUUUAGUAGAUUUACUCCUACGACUACGGGAGCUCCUUAUUCGACGGGUGCUAGUGGGAGUGGGAGUGGGAGUGCGCAGACAACAACUAGUACGAGCGGAGCGGGAGGGUUGGAGAGUAAGAUGAAGAGUCCGGGUGGUGUUCUGGGAGCAGCUGCGUUGCUAAUGCAGUGUGUGGCGGUGGUACUUAUUGCUUCUUUUGCUUCGUGUUAGAUGCUUAUGUGUAUUGUUUGGUUGGCAAUUGAGAGAGUAGGUAAAUAGUUUUAGAGAGGGUUGUAGAGGUUAAAGGUAGGGGGGGUGGGGAUCAUACGAAAAAAAAAGGAUAGGCGAAGCGAAAGUAGAAGUGGAGGUUUGUGAUAGCAUCUUUUUCAUGAUCGUAUGGAAGGAAUAAUGUAGGGAUAAGAUGCUUUGCUGGGUUUGUAUUGUUAUAUUGAUUAACUUGCUGGUAUUUAUGGUAUACCAUGCAUACGGAUAUACAUAAUUAGCUGAGUCGCUCUCACGGGAUGUGAUAUGAAAUAGAUGGUUCAUCUAUCCGAACAAUUGAAGACCCGGUAACA